ACCCAGAAGUCUUUACGAUUCCGCUCUUCUAGAAGGAAGGUCAUUCUUACAGACAGGGAAGACAGCAGUCGUUUACAGAAAUUAUUUUUUCAAUAAUGUUUGGACAAGCUGUUCGUAGGUUUACUACCUCUGCUAUUCGUAGAUCACAUUAUGAGGAAGGCCCAGGGAAGAAUAUCCCAUUUUCAGUGGAAAAUAAGUGGAGAUUGCUGGGGCUAAUGGUUGUAUUCUUUGGAAGUGGAUUUGCAGCUCCUUUCAUUGUUGUCCGUCACCAGAUGCUCAAGAAAUGAAGAAUUUUAUUUUUCUUCCAGGAACCACAAAAAGGUUCAUUAUACUGCUGACCAUAUUUCUGCUUUGGGAAAUGGCCACCAUGACCGAAAAUGGAUGAAAAUUUGUUGCACUUGUCAGCCUGUAAAUAAAGCUGUUUAUGGACAUAA